AUGCCGUGCAUCCCGGUGUCCAGCCCCAGCAUCCAGCACCACAACCACAACCACCACCACCGAGUCCUAGCAGGCGUCGGCGUCGGCAUGGGGUGCGGCGCGGAGGCGGUCGUUGCCGCGGCCGGGACGGCAGGGAUGAGAUGCAGGGAGCACGACUGCGAGGUCCCGGCGGAGGUGGCGCGGCACCACGAGCACGCGGAGCCGGGGUCCGGCCAGUGCUGCUCCGCGGUGGUGCAGCACGUGGCGGCGCCCGCGGCGGCGGUGUGGUCCGUGGUGCGCCGGUUCGACCAGCCGCAGGCGUACAAGCGGUUCGUGCGCAGCUGCGCCCUGGUGGCCGGCGACGGCGGCGUGGGCACGCUCCGCGAGGUGCACGUCGUGUCGGGCCUUCCCGCGGCGUCCAGCCGCGAGCGGCUCGAGAUCCUGGACGACGAGAGCCACGUGCUCAGCUUCCGCGUCGUCGGUGGCGAGCACCGGCUCAAGAACUACCUCUCCGUCACCACCGUCCACCCGUCCCCGGCCGCGCCGUCCAGCGCCACCGUCGUCGUGGAGUCGUACGUCGUGGACGUGCCGGCGGGCAACACGAUCGAGGACACCCGCGUGUUCAUCGACACCAUCGUCAAGUGCAACCUCCAGUCGCUGGCCAAGACCGCCGAGAAGCUCGCCGCCGUGUCGUGA